AUGAAGACCACUUACUUCUCCGCCGCCGCUCUGGCGCUGGCUUCCACCUGCCUAGCCAACGACCCUCUCACCGCUGACAAGGUUGAGGCCGACGUCAAAACUGAGGAACUCGAGCGCGUCCUCUGGAACUUGAACAAGAUCGGUCGCGACAAUGGCGGCACCCGCGCUUUCGGCACACCGGGAUACAAGGCCUCGGUCGACUUCGUACUCGAGCGCGCGCAGACUCGCUUCGCCAAGCAGAUGGACACCUGGCUGCAGCCCUUCAACCACACCUUCCAGCAGACCAACGCCAUCUCCGUGACCGGUCCCGACGGCGUGGAUGUCAUCGUCAUCAGCGCCGAGUACAACACCGCCACUCCUCUGCCCGGCGGCAUCACGGCUCCUCUCAUCGACACCCCCGUCGACGACGAGAACGGCUCCGCGUGCCUUCCCGGGUCGCUCGACGGCAUCGACGCCACUGGCAAGCUUGCGCUCAUCAAGCGCGGCGUGUGUGCCAUUUCGGAGAAGAUUAAGAUCGCGAAGGCUGCGGGUGCCCUGGGAGUGAUCCUGUACAACAAUGUUCCCGGUGACGAUAUUGUCAAGCCCACGCUCGGCGCGGAGAACAUUGGUCUUCUCGUCCCCAUGGCUAUCAUUACCGAGGAAACCGGCGAGGCUUGGUCUGCCUCGCUCGCUGCUGGUGAGGAGGUUACCGUCACGCUCAUUGUCGACGCUAUCUUCGAGGAACGUGAGACUUGGAACGUCAUCUCCGAGACCAAGGAAGGUGACCCGAAUAAGGUCAUCAUGCUCGGUGCCCAUCUCGACAGUGUCCUCGAGGGCCCUGGAGUCAACGAUGACGGAAGUGGUACCGCCGGACUGCUCCAGCUGAUGGGAUCCGUCAAGAAGUACAGCGGUUUCCCCCACAAGAUCCGCUUUGCGUGGUGGGCAGCCGAAGAGGCCGGCUUAGUGGGCUCGUACUAUUACACCGAGAACCUGAGCUCCGAGGAGGCGGACAAGAUCAAGUACUACUUCAACUACGACAUGAUCGGUUCCCCCAACCCCAUCUACGAGCUUUCCAGCUACAACAACAGCGGCAUCGGCCCCCAGCUCCUCGCCGACUACCUCGAGGCCAACGGCAAGACGGUCACCUGGUCCGAGUUCGACGACCGAUCGGAUUACGCCGGUUUCAUCGCUCUGGGCAUCCCGACCGCCUCCAUCUUCACCGGAGAGGGCGAGAAUGACCCGUGCUACCACUUGGCUUGCGACACCUUGGACAACAUCAACUGGGAUGCGAUUACGGUCAACACCAAGGCGGCCGGCCGCGCUCUUGCCACGCUUGCCCUGUCGCUCGAUGGCGUUCCUCCCCGCGCUGACACCACCCCGGUUCUCCGGGGCCGCGCCGGUAUGCUUCAGCAGUUCCGCCGCUGGAAGCUGAUGUCCGAGUCCUCUAGCCACGGCAAGAUGUGCUCUCACCAUGACGAGAAGAAGGUUUACUAG